AUGCCAUUUCUUGUUCGACCGUCGUGUGACCAAGUCAGUAAUCAAUCUUGGAGCUCUCAGUUCCCAGAAGUAGAUUUGUUUUCUAAUGCUGAAGAGCCCACUCUUAACGAAUGGGAAGUCGAGGUGGACGUGGCGACGUCAUUGUUCUGGGCCAAUUUUCCACGUAGCGCCAAGGUUGUUCAGAAUCUUGCAGAUGACACCUCUACACGGCGUGACACUGAGACCACGGUAGUUAUUCUGUCAUUGAAGACAGGUGGAGAUGAUAUGCAGACUGUAUUUUUGGAAACCGCGGUGAUGAGGGAGGCCCUACGGAUGUAUGCUUCUGUCGGUGGAGCAGUGAUAGACGCGAGUGGAACUUUUGGCCUUGGUGAUUUGGGUCCAAAUGACACAGCUACCAUGGUUAUCAGCGAGGAUGUUGGAAUGGGAGAAGACGCAUUGCCUUCAGCGUUUAUCUACUUCUGUGACGAUGGCGAUUAG